UGAUCCCUUUACCCUGAACAGUUAGAGCCUCUGCACUGAUCGAGGGGCAGGUUUGGCUGGAAGGAGAAACAAUCCACAUCCAGAAAGAGGAAGACAAACACUUUGUUUGUGUAAAAGCAACGUUUUCAGGAAUUACAGACUGAUCAUCUGUUCUUUGGGGGCUACGGUGUCAUGAUGUUAUUCAUAGUCACUUUCCAGCUGUUGCUCUUCUUUCAAAUGAGAGUUCUGGGGGCUUUUGGUCAAGACUGGAGUGUGAAAUACACUCAAACUCGAAAAUGUGCUUUAAAAGGAUUCACAGUGUAUAUGUCCGGUGAUUACAGAUAUCCAUCACAUCUUGAAGGGGUAAAGAGGUUUUGGGCAAUAAAUCCAGGCAGAAAAGUGGAACCAGUUGAUCUGACUACAGAUCCAGAAUAUUCAGGCAGGACUGAAUACUUUGAAGGUCGAAAUAAACUUUUCUAUCUCAAACUGAUGAACGUGACUGAGAGGGAUGAGCACAUGUACAGUAUCAGAAUCACAACAAACAUAGAGUCACAAAGAUAUUUAUUUUAUCCUGGAGUGACCCUCAACGUCACAGGCCUCAGAGUGGAGAGUCCUGAACGUGUUUCAGAGGGAAAUACAACACGGCUGACCUGUACGACCACCUGCCCUCUGCCAGACAGACCGACAUACAUCUGGUAUAAAAACGGACGGCGUGUCGAUAGAAAUGAUGAAGAAACUAACGUCCUGUCCCUGCGGCCGACUAGAAUAGAGGACACAGGCAGUUACAGCUGUGCUGUGAGAGGAUAUGAAGGCCUUCCUUCACCUGCUGCCGCACUCAGUGUCAGAUAUUCUCCGAAGAACGUCUCAGUGUCCAUCAGUCCCUCUGGUGAAAUAGUGGAGGGCAGUUCAGUGACUCUGACCUGCAGCUGUAAUGCAAACCCACCUGCGGAUGAGUACAGCUGGUUUAAGCAGAAACAGUUUCUUGGAAAGGGCAAAGAUUACACCAUCUCUAACAUCAGCUCUGAGGAUGGUGGAGAGUACAAGUGCAAGACCAGCAAUGCAGAGGGUCAGCUGUACUCUAGUAGUGUAACUCUGAAUGUUGUUGGUAAGCCGUCCCCUCUGUGGUCCUGUAUGUAGCUGUUGUGGCUGCUCUUUGUGGUCUUGCAGCUCUUCUCACUGUACUUAUCUGGUAAGAGUCUCAGUCCAUCUUAAAACCUUUGAAAAUAAUAUGGAGCUUUUUCUCUGGAUAAACACUGACUGUUGUCUGAGAGCAGGUGCACGAGGCAGAAGAAACGGAGAGAUCAACAUGAC